AGCAGAGGUGAGGGUUGUGCUGUCUGCUGAGCCCCAAACUCAGAGCUACUUGCUGGGGAAGAUGAAGAUGGAGGGCUGCCUGUGGAUCUUUCUAUUGGCCUCUUUGGCUCUGACUAACCAACAAGCCCGAGUACCCAGGCUAUCUAAUGGAUCCAACUCCUGCUCCGGGAGAGUAGAGGUGUUUUACAAAAGGAAAUGGGCCUCAAUGUGCGAUGCUGCCUUUGACUGGCAGGAUGCAGAGGUUGUGUGUCGACAACUGGACUGUGGGGUUCCUGUAGAGGUGCUGGGAGCAGCUGCAUUUGGAGAGGGAGAGGGCCAUGUGUGGUCAGAGGAGGUCCAGUGUGGAGGCAACGAGACUCAGAUUCAACUCUGCCCCACAUCCCCUAUGAACAACAACUGCUCACAUGAGAACAAUAUUGGGCUGAUCUGCAGAGCUGCUGUGAGGUUGAUGAAUGGCAGCAGUCGCUGUUCUGGAAGAGUUGAAGUUCUACACCGAGGACAGUGGGGCACAGUGUGUGAUAACAGAUGGGACCUGCUUGAUGCUGCAGUGGUGUGUAGAGAGCUGGGCUGUGGAGAGGCUGUAGAAGCUCUCAAAGGUGCUCAGUUUGGACAGGGCUCAGGAGGAAUUUGGAUGAGUGAUGUGGAGUGUGUGGGGUCUGAGUCAACAGUGAAGGACUGCAAGUCACAAAGAUGGGGUGCAGAAAACUGUGGUCAUCAUCAGGAUGCAGGAGUCAUCUGCUCAGGAGUCCAACUGGUGGGCCAUUCUUACUGCUCUGGGAGAGUGGAGCUGCUUCAUAAGGAGACCAAACACACUGUAUGCAGUACCACAUUUGACCAGCAGGAUGCAGAGGUUGUGUGUCGACAGCUGGACUGUGGGGCUCCUGUAGAGGUGCUGGGAGCAGCUGCAUUUGGAAAGGGAGAGGGCCAGGUGUGGUCAGAGGAAAUCCAGUGUGGAGGCAACGAGACUCAGAUUCAACUCUGCCCAACAUCUUCUCUGAAACUGAACUGCUCACAUGAAAAUGAUAUAGGACUGAUCUGCAGAGCUGCUGUGAGGUUGGUGAAUGGCAGCAGUCGCUGUUCUGGAAGAGUUGAAGUUCUACACAGAGGACAGUGGGGCACAGUGUGUGAUAACAGAUGGGACCUGCGUGAUGCUGCAGUGGUGUGUAGAGAGCUGGGCUGUGGAGAGGCUGUAGAAGCUCUCAAAGGUGCUCAGUUUGGACAGGGUUCUGGAGAAAUUUGGAUGAGUGAUGUGGAGUGUGUGAGGUCUGAGUCAACAGUGAAGGACUGCAGCGCACAAAAAUGGGGUGCAGAAAGCUGUAGUCAUCAUCAGGAUGCAGGAGUCAUCUGCUCAGGAGUCCAACUGGUGGGCCGUUCUCACUGCUCUGGCAGAGUGGAGCUGCUUCAUAAGGAGACCACACACUGUAUGCAGUCCACAUUUGACCAGCAGGAUGCAGAGGUUGUGUGUCGACAGCUGGGCUGUGGGGCUCCUGUAGAGGUGCUGGGAGCAGAUGCAUUUGGAGAGGGAGAGGGCCAGGUGUGGUCAGAGGAGAUCCAGUGUGGAGGCAACGAGACUCAGAUUCAACUCUGCUCAACAUCUACACCCUCACACAACUGCUCUCACAAGCACGAUGUUGGAUUGGUCUGUAAUGGUAAAUGGUCUUCUCAAUCCCACAGAGUAGUGAGGUUGGUGAACGGAGGCAGUCGAUGCUCUGGGAGAGUGGAGGUGUAUCAGGCAGGAAAGUGGGGCACCGUGUGUGAUGAUAAGUGGGGUAUGCCUGAUGCUGCAGUGGUGUGUAGAGAGCUGGACUGUGGUGAUGCUGUACAGGCUCUGGGUAGGGCUCACUUUGGAGCGGGAUCAGGGAGAAUCCAGAUGAAUGACGUGAGCUGUGAGGGAUCAGAGUCCACACUGAUGAACUGUCGCCACAAGGGGUGGGAUACACAUAGAUGUGGACAUGAUGAAGAUGCUGGAGUAAUCUGUUCAGCCCGAGUACCCAGGCUAUCUAAUGGAUCCAACCCCUGCUCCGGGAGAGUAGAGGUGUUUCACAAAGAGAAAUGGGCCUCAAUGAGCGAUGCUGCCUUUGACUGGCAGGAUGCAAAGGUUGUGUGUCGAGAACUGGACUGUGGGGCUCCUGUAGAGGUGCUGGGAGCAGCUGCAUUUGGAGAGGGAGAGGGAGAGGGCCAGGUGUGGUCAGAGGAGAUCCAGUGUGGAGGCAACGAGACUCAAAUUCAACUCUGCCCCACAUCCCCUAUGAACAACAACUGCUCACAUGAGAACAAUAUUGGGCUGGUCUGCGGAGCUGCUGUGAGGUUGGUGAAUGGCAGCAGUCGCUGUUCUGGAAGAGUUGAAGUUCUACACAGAGGACAGUGGGGCACAGUGUGUGAUAACAGAUGGGACCUGCGUGAUGCUGCAGUGGUGUGUAGAGAGCUGGGCUGUGGAGAUGCUUUAGAAGCUCUCAAAGGUGCUCAGUUUGGACAGGGUUCUGGAGAAAUUUGGAUGAGUGAUGUGGAGUGUGUGGGGUCUGAGUCAACAGUGAAGGACUGCAGCGCACAAAGAUGGGGUACAGAAAACUGUGGUCAUCAUCAGGAUGCAGGAGUCAUCUGCUCAGGAGUCCAACUGGUGGGCCGUUCUCACUGCUCUGGCAGAGUGGAGCUGCUUCAUAAAGAGACCAGACACACUGUAUGCAGUACCACAUUUGACCAGCAGGAUGCAGAGGUUGUGUGUCGACAGCUGGGCUGUGGGGCUCCUGUAGAGGUGCUGGGAGCAGCUGCAUUUGGAGAGGGAGAGGGCCAGGUGUGGUCAGAGGAGAUCCAGUGUGGAGGCGACGAGACUCAGAUUCACCUCUGCUCAACAUCUACACCCUCACACAACUGCUCUCACAAGCACGAUGUUGGAUUGGUCUGUAAUGAUGUAGUGAGGUUGGUGAAUGGAGGCAGUCGAUGCUCUGGGAGAGUGGAGGUGUAUCAUGCUGGAGAGUGGGGGACCGUGUGUGAUGAUAGUUGGGGUAUGACUGAUGCUGCAGUGGUGUGUAGAGAGCUGGGCUGUGGUGAUGCUGUAGAAGCCCUGGAUUUAGCUCACUUUGGAGAGGGAUCAGGGACCAUCUGGAUGAAUCAAGUGAGCUGUGAGGGAUCAGAGUCCAGACUGAAGAACUGUGGCCAUAAUGAGUGGGGUAAACAUUACUGUGGACAUCAUGAAGAUGCUGGAGUAAUCUGUUCAGCCCGAGUACCCAGGCUAUCUAAUGGAUCCAACCCCUGCUCCGGGAGAGUAGAGGUGUUUCACAAAGAGAAAUGGGCCUCAAUGUGCGAUGCUGUCUUUGACUGGCAGGAUGCAAAGGUUGUGUGUCGAGAACUGGACUGUGGGGCUCCUGUAGAGGUGCUGGGAGCAGCUGCAUUUGGAGAGGGAGAGGGCCAGGUGUGGUCAGAGGAGAUCCAGUGUGGAGGCAACGAGACUCAGAUUCAACUCUGUCCCACAUCCCUUAUGAACAACAACUGCUCACAUGAGAAUAAUAUUGGGCUGAUCUGCGGAGCUGCUGUGAGGUUGGUGAAUGGCAGCAGUCGCUGUUCUGGAAGAGUUGAAGUUCUACACAGAGGACAGUGGGGCACAGUGUGUGAUAACGGAUGGGACCUGUGGGAUGCUGCAGUGGUGUGUAGAGAGCUGGGCUGUGGAGAUGCUUCAGAAGCUCUCAAAGGUGCUCAGUUUGGACAGGGUUCUGGAGAAAUUUGGAUGAGUGAUGUGGAGUGUGUGAGGUCUGAGUCAACAGUGAAGGACUGCAGCGCACAAAGAUGGGGUACAGAAAACUGUGGUCAUCAUCAGGAUGCAGGAGUCAUCUGCUCAGGAGUCCAACUGGUGGGCCGUUCUCACUGCUCUGGGAGAGUGGAGCUGCUUCAUAAGGAGACCAGACACACUGUAUGCAGUACCACAUUUGACCAGCAGGAUGCAGAGGUUGUGUGUCGACAGCUGGGCUGUGGGGCUCCUGUAGAGGUGCUGGGAGCAGCUGCAUUUGGAGAGGGAGAGGGCCAGGUGUGGUCAGAGGAGAUCCAGUGUGGAGGCACCGAGAAUCAGAUACAACUCUGCCCAACAACUCCUACACCCUCACACAACUGCUCUCACAAGCACGAUGUUGGAUUGGUCUGUAAAGAUGUAGUGAGGUUGGUGACUGGAGGUAGUCGAUGCUCUGGGAGAGUGGAGGUGUAUCAUGCAGGAGAGUGGGGCACCGUGUGUGAUGAUAAUUGGGAUAUGACUGAUGCUGCAGUGGUGUGUAGAGAGCUGGGCUGUGGUGAUGCUGUACAGCCCCUGCGUAGAGCUCACUUUGGAGACGCAUCAGGGAGAAUCUGGAUGGAUGAAGUGAGCUGUAAGGGAACAGAGUCCACACUGAAGAACUGUGGCCAUAAGGGGUGGGGUAAACAUAAAUGUAGACAUAAUGAAGAUGCUGGAGUAAUCUGUUCAGCCCGAGUACCCAGGCUAUCUAAUGGAUCCGACCCCUGCUCCGGGAGAGUAGAGGUGUUUCACAAAGAGAAAUGGGCCUCAAUGUGCGAUGCUGCCUUUGACUGGCAGGAUGCAAAGGUUGUGUGUCGAGAACUGGACUGUGGGGCUCCUGUAGAGGUGCUGGGAGCAGCUGCAUUUGGAGAGGGAGUGGGCCAGGUGUGGUCAGAGGAGAUCCAGUGUGGAGGCAACGAGACUCAGAUUCAACUCUGCCCAACAUCUCCUACACCCUCAUGCAACUGCUCUCACAAGCACGAUGUUGGAUUGGUUUGUCAAGUUGAUGCAGUGGUGAGGUUGAAUGGAGGCAGUCGAUGCUCUGGGAGAGUGGAGGUGUAUCAUGCAGGAGAGUGGGGCACCGUGUGUGAUGAUAAGUGGGGUAUGACUGAUGCUGCAGUGGUGUGUAGAGAGCUGGACUGUGGUGAUGCUGUACAGGCUCUGGGUAGUGCUCACUUUGGAGAGGGAUCAGGGAGAAUCCAGAUGGAUGACGUGAGCUGUGAGGGAUCAGAGUCCACACUGAAGAGCUGUGGCCACAGGGGGUGGGGUAGCAGUAACUGUGACCAUGAUGAAGAUGCUGGAGUCAUUUGUUCAGGUUAGCAACCACUAAUUUGA